GCGUAGGAUAACACAUUGGCAAAGCUCUGACAAUACAGCCACAUACCCACACAUACACAGGGAGGUACUGGACUGCAAUCUCCACCUGUCUGCCUGCCGAACUAGCAGUGUUGGGUAUACAGUGUAAACUCUCCUGCAUGGACUAUUAACUUCUGUACCAUGUUGCUCCGGUCGUCUCAGGAGAAUGUCAGCCUCGGUUAUACCCAAGUAAAAUGGAGGAUAGCUUUGAUUGCGACUGUGGCGAGCUUGAGCCACCUGAUCAUUGAGGGUGAACAAUUACUUUGAAGACUUAAAGGCCAGACUCAUUUCAGUUUUAUAGAUCAGGUGACUUGACAGGGAAAUCACAGAUAAGUAAAUAAAUAAAUAUAAACGAAAAGAAGAGGAAAAAAAUAAUAAUCUGAAGCUGCUCAGGACCUGUCAUACACUGAAUCUAUCUGCACUGUAAGGAUGCAACUACAUGCUUUUAUAGUUUAAUAUAGUGUCCGUGCUUUUUAAUUGGCCUCAAAGUCCAUUCCGUUGCAGUCUGUAAACACUAGUCUACUAAGAAGUUUUACAUUUUCUCUCCUUAUUCAAAAUGGAACAGAAGUUUGACCUCGCAUUAGUGCCCAUCAUUAGACAGUGACGUCUACACGGGGGACUCAGUAGUCUUCCGUACAGGGGUCAGUUAGCUCAGCUGCUGAAGCAGUGUGGGAAUUGUCAUAGAAAUUCCUCCAUAGGUGUUGAAGUUUGACUUGACACAGGCCAGACUCCAAACGUUACAGGUAGCAGGAGCUUGGCCUAAAAGCUGAAAAACAGUCGUCAUGGCAGAGAAGUUUGACUCACUGAUGAACAUCCAUGGCUUUGACCUGGGUUCUCGCUACAUGGACUUGAAGCCUCUGGGCUACGGGGGGAACGGCCUGGUGUUCUCAGCAGUUGACACGGACUGUGACAAGCGUGUUGCCGUGAAGAAGAUUAUCUUGACUGACCCCCAGAGUGUGAAGCAUGCCCUGCGGGAAAUCAAAAUUAUCAGACGUCUCGACCACGACAACACUGUCAAGGUGUUUGAGACAUUGGGCCCCAAUGGUCGCAGGCUAACUGAGGAUGUGGUGUCCCUGACAGAGGUCAACUCGGUCUACAUUGUGCAGGAGUACAUGGAGACAGACCUGUGUCAGCUGUUGGAGAGGGGCAUUUUGUCUGAGGGCCACGCCAGGCUCUUCAUGUACCAGCUCCUACGGGGCCUAAAGUACAUCCACUCUGCUAAUGUGCUGCACCGCGACCUCAAGCCUGCCAACCUGUUUCUCAACACAGAGGACCUGGUACUAAAGAUCGGAGACUUUGGGCUGGCCCGCAUCAUGGACCCACACUACUCUCACAAGGGUCAUCUCUCUGAAGGUCUGGUCACCAAGUGGUACAGGUCUCCUCGCCUGCUGCUCUCUCCUGACAACUACACCAAAGCCAUCGACAUGUGGGCCGCCGGCUGCAUCUUUGCCGAGAUGCUCACAGGGAAAACCCUCUUUGCAGGAGCCCACGAGCUGGAGCAGAUGCAGCUGAUCCUGGAGUCCAUCCCCGUGCUGCGAGAGGAAGAUCGACAGGAGCUCCACAGCGUCAUCCCGGUCUUCAUCCGCAACGACAUGUCCAAGCCUCACACACCGCUGGCUAAGCUGCUGCCUGACGUCAGUCCCCAGGCCCUUGACUUCCUGGAGAAGAUCCUGACCUUUAACCCCAUGGAUCGCCUCACUGCGGAGGAGGCCCUGGCCCACCCCUAUAUGGCCGACUACUCCUUCCCCCUAGACGAGCCUGUCUCUCUGCACCCUUUCCACAUUGAGGAUGAAGUAGAUGAUAUCCUGCUCAUGGAUCAGAGCCACAGCCACACCUGGGACAGAUAUCAUGAGAGCCAGCUGUCAGAGGCUGACUGGCACUUGCACAGCACCCACGACCCAGACGAAGUUCAGGUUGACCCAAGGGCUCUCUCUGAUGUUACAGACAAGGAGGAGGUUCAGGUGGAUCCUCGUAAAUAUGCUGAUGGAGAGCGGGAGUUCCUGGACGAGCCGUCCUUCGAUUACUCCACUCUGUUCCAGCCGGAGCAAUCCUGGCAGGACGACCACCACGAGAACAAAUACUGUGACUUGCAGUGUAGCCACACCUGUAACUACAAGGCCGUGUCGCCCUCCUACCUGGACAACCUCAUCUGGAGGGACAGCGAAGUCAACCACUACUACGAGCCCAAGCUCAUCAUCGACAUCUCCAACUGGAAGGAGCAGCAGAGCAAGGAGAAGGCGGACCGCAAGGCCAAGAGCAAGUGUGAGAAGAACGGGCUGGUGAAGGCCCAGAUCGCGCUGCAGGAGGCCGAGAAGACCCAGGGUCCGGCGGAGAAGGACAGCGAGCAGGAGAAGCAUCAGACGGAGAAGCCUCAAAGCCAGCAGAACCAGGGCUUUGACUUUGACUCCUUCAUCGCCAGCACCAUUAAACUGAGCCUGCAGCCGGAGCCCUGUCAGGAGGCGGCGCUGCUCCACGAGGUGGGCCUCCUGAACGAGCUCAACUCUUCCGUUUCCCAGCUGGACGCUCCCCGCUCGGGCUCCAUGUCCAAGUCCAUAAGUCAGGAGAAGGAGGAGAAGUGCCUGGUGAACCUCGCCCAGUUAGGCGGAGGAGGGCUGGGCGGCGGCGGCGGCGGCAGCGACUGCGCCUGGCCCGCCCGCCCCUGGGAGAGCUUUGGCUCCGGGGAGCGAGUCGGGGAGAACGGCUGUUUGAUAGACGAAGCAUGCUGGGACAUUCACAAAGAGGACCAGCUCCAGAAGGAGAGCACUUACACCAGCUACCUGGACCGCCUGUUCAGCCGCAAGGAAGACGGGGCCGGAGAGACCGUGGCCGAGACGGAGCCGUCGGAGGGGACGGAGCUGGACGACGGCUUCCUCUGCGGGAGCACGGAGAUUGUGCUGAACAUGCAGCUGGACUCUCUGGCCCUGCCUGGCUUUGACAGCGCCGAUGACUUGCCUCUAAAAUCCAUCCAGGCGUCCCUCACCCCCUGCGCUGUCAAAUGCUCCCCACAGAUUCCCCACAAAACAUACAGCAGCAUCUUCAAGCAUCUUAAUUAAAAAAUAAAUCUAUAUAUCCUC